GAACAAACCCUAUCCCAAGACCCGCUACUGCCGAGGUGUGCCCGACCCCAAGAUCCGCAUCUUCGAUGUGGGAAAGAAGAAGAUGCCCUGCGACGAGUUCCCGGCCGCCGCGCACCUGGUCUGCGACGAGGAUCAGCAGUUGACGGCCGAGGCGCUGGAGGCCGCGCGUAUUGCGGUGAACAAGUACAUGGCGACCAACGCUGGUAAGGAUUUCUUUCACAUUCGUAUUCGCCCUCAUCCUUUCAACGUGUUGCGCAUCAACAAGACCUUGUCCUGCGCUGGGGCGGAUCGCCUCUCCAGCGGCAUGCGCGGCGCCUUCGGCAAGCCCUACGGCACGGCGGCGCGGGUGGAUAUCGGGCAGGUGCUCAUCUCCCUGCGCACCAAAGAAGAGAAGAUCCAGUUCGCCGUCGAAGCUUUGAGGCGUGCCAGCGCCAAGUUUGCGGGUCGGCAGAAGGUGCACGUGUCCAACAAGUUUGGCUUCACCAAGUAUACCAAGAAGGAGUACCAUGACCACAAGGCCUCAGGCCGCUUGGUGCCCGAUGGCACCAACGUGCGUUGGCUCUCCAGCCGUGGCCCCUUGUGGCGUUUGAUCGGCCGCGAGAACGCCUAG